UUGACCAGUGUCUCAGUUCCAUUGCUCCAUAAGGUACUACUGACCCCUGUUCUUGUAAAGGUGUGUGCAGAAGUAAAGAUGGAGUCCGGAAGGGUGCGCAAACAAAGGCAAGUUCUGAUUCUCUUUCUCUUAUCCGGAGUGGCUCAGGCAGGCUGGGGACUCCGAAGCUAUUUUGUGAUGGAGGAAACUGAGAGCGGCUCUUUUGUGGCUGACCUGGCCAAGGAUCUAGAACUAGGAAUGGGGGAGCUAGCUGCGCGGGGAGCCCGGGUGGCCUCUGAGGAUAACGAACCACGUUUGCAGCUGGAUCUGCAGACCGGGAAGUUGAUAUUAAAUGAAAAAUUAGACCGGGAGCAGCUUUGCGGCCCCACCGAGCCCUGUGUAAUGCAUUUCCAAGUGUUACUGAAUAAACCUCUGGAGGUAUUUCGAGCUGAGCUCCUGGUGGGAGACAUAAAUGAUCAUUCUCCUGAGUUUUCUGAAAGAGAAAUGAUGCUAAAAAUCCUAGAGAAUAGCCCCCCUGGUACUGUUUUUCCUCUGAAGAAAGCUCAGGACUUGGACGUGGGCAACAACAACGUUCAACACUACAAUAUUGGUUCCAACUCUCAUUUCCAUAUUUCCACAAUCAAACGGGGAGAUGGCCGGAAAUACCCGGAGCUGGUGCUGGACAAAGAGCUAGAUCACGAGGAGCGGUCUGAGUUCAGAUUAACCCUGACAGCGCUGGAUGGCGGCUCUCCACCAAGAUCUGGCACCACUCAGAUUCGUGUCCUGGUCUUGGAUGUCAAUGACAAUGCCCCUCAGUUUGAGCAGAUACUCUAUGAGGUGCAGGUCYCAGAGAACAGCCCUAUAGGUUCCCUAGUUGUCAAGGUCUCUGCUAGGGAUUUAGAUGCUGGAGCAAAUGGACAGAUAACAUACUCGCUUUUUUAUAGUUCUCAAGAGAUAGGAAAAACUUUUGAGCUAAAUAGCCUUUCAGGAGAAAUUCGACUAAUUAAAAUGCUAGAUUUUGAAACCAUAUCUUCAUACGAACUAGAUAUAGAGGCAUCUGAUGGGGGAGGACUUUCUGGGAAAUGCUCUGUUUCUAUCAAAGUGUUGGAUGUUAAUGAUAACUCCCCAGAACUAACUAUCUCAUCAUUUACCAGCCCUAUUCCCGAAAAUUCCCCUGAGACAGAAGUGGCUCUGUUUAGGACUCGGGACCGAGACUCUGGGGAAAAUGGAAGGACGGUUUGCUCCAUCCAAGAUGAUGUUCCAUUCACSCUGAAACCUUCAGUUGAGAACUUCUACAGGCUGGUAACAGAAGGAGCUCUGGAUAGAGAGACAAGAGCCCAGUAUAAUAUCACUAUUACUGUCACUGACUUGGGGACACCAAGGCUGAAAACCGAGCACAGCAUAAUAAUCCUCGUCUCGGACGUCAACGACAACGCCCCUGCCUUCACCCAAACGUCAUACACGCUGUUGGUGCRYGAGAACAACCAGCCCGCCCUGCACAUAGGCAGUGUCAGCGCCACAGACAGAGACUCAGGCACCAACGCCCAGAUCACCUACUCACUGCUGCCAAAUCAGGACCCGCACCUGCCCCUCGCCUCGCUGGUCUCCAUCAACGCAGACAAUGGGCAGCUGUUCGACUCGCUCACUGUCUACUUGGUCAUCGCCUUGGCCUCUGUGUCAUCGCUCUUCCUCUUCUCUGUGCUGGUGUUCGUGGUUGUGAGGCUGUGCAGGAGGCGCAGGGCGGCGCCACUGGGUGUGUAUUCGGUGCCUGAGGGCCACUUUCCUGGACACCUGAUGGAUGUCAGCAGCACAGGGACCCUGUCUCAGAGCUACCAGUAUGAGGUGUGCCUGAAAGGAGACUCUGAGAGUAAUGAGUUCAGAUUCUUGAAGCCUAUAUUCCCUAAUAUUCUGACACAAGACUCUGGAAGAAAAUUAGAGGAUAUUCCAACCCUCCAGAAUAAUUUAGGUAUUUGAAAUUUAUCUGCUGGUUAUAUUA